AUGCCCCCAACAUCUUUUAUGGACCUCAUGAGUAGGGUUUCCAAGGAGUACUUGGAUCAGUUUGUCAUUGUGUUCAUAGAUGAUAUAUUGGUCUACUCCAAGACAGAAGAAGAACAUGAGGAGCAUUUACGUCUGACCUUGCAACAAUUAAGAGAGCAUCAGUUGUAUGCCAAAUACAAGAAGUGUGAGUUCUUGUUAUCAGAGGUUGGUUUUUUGGGUCAUAUUGUCACCGCUGGAGGAGUGAAAGUAGAUCCUGCAAAGAUUGUUGCAGUGAAAGAAUGGCCAAGACCAAAGAAUGCCUCAGAAGUCAUAAGUUUUCUGAGUUUGGCGGGCUAUUACAGGAGGUUUGUCGAAGGGUUUUCGAAGAUAGCCACAUUGAUGACAAAAUUGACAAGAAAGAAUCCGAAGUUCACUUGGUCAGAUAAAUGCGAGUAG